AUGUAUAUCCCCCUACCUUUUCCCGCUCGCCAGAAGAGUUUAGCGAGACGGCAAACUCUUGGGUUUCCGUCCGAGCCGCUGCCUCCUCCCAGCAAGUCGGACCUCGCACUGCGUGGCCGCCUUGGCUUGGGUUUGCACACGCGAGACAAUGCGACCGACAAUUCCAACCUCCAAAUCGGCAUCGCCCUCGGCGUCCUAUUGGGGGUUUUCGUCUUCGCCCUCGGUGCCUUUCUCUACUUCUAUCGCGACUCCAUCAAGUUUUCAUACGGCCAGCGUCAACGGCAGCGCAGGCCACCUCCGAGCAGCCCCAAGAGCUCGAAGAGCUCAAAAAGCUCAAGAAGCUCGAAGAGCUCGAAAAGCUCAAAAAGCUCGAAAAGUUCCAAGAUCAACGAGGAAUCUGGAGGAGGUCCUGCACCACCCGAGUAG